UCAAGUGGUUUGAUAUGUCCAUGUGGCUCUGGGAAAGCCAGUAAUCCAGUAUGGAAAAAAAGAUAUGGUGUUCAGCCGUGUCCUUGGAUCCUGGGGAAAAUAGUUUCUACAUAGAAGGAUACAGUAUUGCCUGUAGCCAUGCUUUAGCCAAUUUGUAGCCAUGCUCUAGCCAACUUGUAGACAUGCUUUAGCCUAGAUACAGGGUGCAGUGGAUGACAACUAUGAUGAUGAGGAUGAUGGCAACAACAGCAGCAGCAGCAGCAAGGACCAAAAAAAGAAUAAAAAGAUGAUGACAAAGGCCAUGGAACCUCUGAUGUGCAUUCAUAGUGGAAAACUAAAAGUGCAUGCUAUGACUGUACAAUGCCUAGUUUAAAAAAUCACAAUGCUGAUUUCAAAUGACAUGUCAAAAGGGGAGAAUCCAUUCGACCAAGGCUACGCGGACAGCAAGGACAAAUCCAGAAGCAAGAGUCCACCCAGCGAGAGAAGAAAAUCUGAUAAAAAGUCAGAAAGGAAAAGGACCAUGGAUUACUCCCCAGAUGACAGUGAAGACAGGUUGGACAGCAAGAAGAAGAGGGGUGAGCAGGACUCUCCUACAGUCAAGUCUGGUUCCAAACAGAACGGAUCAGGGGAUGCUGUAUCAGUCACUAAGGAAAAGAGAGAACACAGGGAAAAAGAGAGGCAUAAAUCUCCAAAGGGAUCAGGAAGAGAAGAUGGAGGGAAAUCUGAAAAGACACCAAAGGAUAAAAGUGAAAAGAAGGCAGAAAAGCACAGAUCCAAGAAGUCUAAGAAAUGAAGGCAGUGAAGAAGUGGAACCAAGCUAUGUCUAAGAAAACAGUGGAUUGGAACACACAAGUCUUAAUUUUGUAUCACUUCAAGAAAUAUGAAAUAUGAUUACCCGUGUCACAGUCACCAUAUUGAUUGGCAAUACCAGGGUCACAGCAAUCAUUGACAAUAUUAGGGACACCAUAAUGUUUGAUAAUACCAUUGUUAUAGUGACCUUUGGCAAAGUAUACUUGGUAAUUUUUGCUGUGUAAAUAUCAUAAUAAGAGAUUAAACUGUUGAUAGUCACAUUGAAAAGAAGCAGUAAAUGCAACACAGAAGUAAGAUUUAUUAUAAAAGAUUAGAGAGACUUUUUGUAGAGUGUGAAUGCAUUUUAUGAUAUAAAUGUAUGAUUGAAAAUAUGCAUGACUGUGGAUAUAUUAGAAAGAGCAUUUGCCCUCAAAAAAGUGUUAUUUUUUAGGUAAUUCAGUGUUCACCACUGACUAAAAACUAAUUAGAAGUAAGAUGUGACAGCCAUUGUAUUUCAACUGGAGUAUUAUUUCCAGAAUGUCCUUCAUUUUCCUAUCAGACAUGGAUGAGCGGUUAUUAUUUUUAUGUAAAAUUAUUAUUCAACAAAGUCCUAGGAUUUACAAUUUUUCAAAAACAUGUUAAAAUUAGUUUGUUUCAUAUUUUCACACCUUGAUGUUGCUUUUGAUUAUGUAUAUUAGCAUUUUUGUUAUUUGGAAUGUAAUGAGAAAUGUUCAAGGGGUCAAAAGUUGUUGAUCUGCACAGGUCACUUUGUUAUAACAAUAUCAUAAUUAUAUGUUUCAUUGUCAUUUCUUUUAAGUUUUUUCACAUUUGUAAAAUAAUGAUAAUGUUUGUCAGUUGUAAAAAUUAUAAAUUUACUUUUUACCAUUAUUGUGACAUAUAUCAGAUGCAAACAGGACUGUAAGCAAGUGAAGUAAAAGGUUAAGAAAAUCUUACAUAACUUUAUUUACUUUUAAUUAAGGUUAAAGUUCUUGAGAGAAAUGUGAUGAUUUACCUCUGUUAGAUUGUAAAUGGGGUAUUGCAUUUAGGGUUAUAAAAUGCAGGUCUUUCUACUAUAUUCAGGCUGACGAGUUUUGAAUUUGAAGGUUAACUGUGUUUAUUUUAUCAUCAUUUUUCAUUAAAAUAGAAUAUUUCAAAUACACGCA